CGUGGUGCUGUGGUGAAGUUUGUCCCGUCCGAGGCGCCGUCCGGACUCGCGUCACGUGACCGGGGCGCGCCGCGGUUCGGGGCAGGACGGGUUCCGGGGUUCUGAGCUGGGGAGGGGAUGGAGGCGACCUUGGAGCAGCACCUGGAGGACACAAUGAAGAAUCCAUCCAUUGUCGGAGUCCUGUGCACAGACUCACAAGGACUUAAUCUGGGCUGCCGUGGGACGCUGUCAGAUGAGCAUGCUGGAGUGAUAUCUGUUCUAGCCCAGCAAGCAGCUAAGCUUACCUCUGACCCCACAGACAUUCCUGUGGUGUGUCUAGAAUCAGAUAACGGGAACAUUAUGAUCCAGAAACAUGAUGGCAUUACAGUGGCAGUGCACAAAAUGGCCUCCUGACUCUGCUCGGCUCUCCGCACCUAUCACAGGAACUUGGUCCUGGUGUUACAAAAGAGUAAAG